AUGUUUGGGGUAGUUACACCUACUCUAGACAGGUUUGGACCGGUUUUUUGCCCCGAGUUGAAAGGCUGAGUUCGCGGGCGCGGCUCAAUGAGAUCCCAAAGUCGUUGGCCAUCCAGUCUGCCCAUCCAGAGCUCGUUUAUAACUGCCCACCGAACACAUGACGCUUAAAAUGCACUGAGCGUACUGCUGCACAACGCGUCAAGCACGGUAUGGACGUUUUACGGACUGCGUGAGCCUUAGAUAAGAGCUUUACAGGAAGAAGGUUCAAGCUAAAGUGUGAAUGCAUUAAGGCUUUCACAUGUAGUUAGGGACUGCAUGUAUCGGGGCUGCAAUUCCACGGACAAGUUUGCUGCCCAGCCUCGAGACAGGCUCUUGCAAGGCAUCUAGCAUUUUAGGCCCACGGGCGCUGAGGGGCGAUGGGCUGCGGGGCUAGCUCGCAAGCGCAUACGGCGCCUGCUGCAUCUCCAGCAGCUCAGCAACGGGCAGACAGUGACGAUAGCAGCAGGCGAUUUGAGGCUGUCGCACCUGCAUUUGACCAAGCAGGCCCGAGCAGCACUGCGCAUGCAGCCAGCAGCCCUUCUGCGUGUGUCGACUCUGCUGCGGUCGUUUGCCAUGACUACACAGACGGUGAAGCAGCGAGGCCUGGGACAGAAGCAAACGCUAGUAGCAGUGGCGGCCGUAAGGCUGCUGCAGUUGCAGCAGCACCGGCAGCAGGACAUGGGGCGAUUAGCGCAGCAGGCGCGCACGGCGCUGCUGAUGACGCAGGGGGCGUGGAAGGUCAGCCGCCUCCGCAGGUGCAGCACUCAUCACCAGAGCAGCAAGCUCACCCUGAUCUCAUCAGCAGCACCAGCAGCUUGACGCCCUCUCUAAGUACUGCCGCUGCUACUGCCAAUGCCGCGGCUGCAGCAGACCCCGCCGCGUUACCAGCCUCUUCCGCCACUACUGCUGUGAUCCCUCAUCACGACACGGGUCUUCCACCCAGCAGUAGGGGUGGUCUGCUGCGCAUGCUGGCCGCCGGGCCACCAGACCAGCUAGCCCAGCCAUACGUCAGCCUGCAGCUGCACCAGACCAUGCACGUGCAGGGUCUUGCCACCACGGCCACGGCGCGGGUGACCGAUUUCGGAGCCAAGCUCACAGCCGCGGCAGCAGCCGAGGUGGUGGAGCUGUUGCAGGUGUGGCGGGAUGUGUGGUACUGCCACCCGCCUUGGGAGGACGUCAUGGACACCUACCAGGCACUGAAGCGGGACAGGGACCGGCGCCUGACCGGCUUUGAGGAUGCCGAAGCGUUCAGCACCUCAGCUGCUGCUUCUACCGCUGGCAGCGGCGGUGGGCCUAGGGACAUUAGGGAGGACGCCACCACCGGAGGGUCUGGGGCCGCAGCGGCGGACGGUGGCGCUGUCGGCAGUAGCACCAAAACAGGCGGCGCCGGCGGGCUGUGGUCUCAGCUGAGCUGGCCGGAGCGGCGGAUGAUGGUGGAGCUGACAGCUGCGGUCUCUUGCGGGGCCGCCAUCGGGGACUGCGAUUAUGGUCUCUACAUGCGGCUGCUGCUGCGCGCCCGCGCCCGGCGAGCCGCCAUUGAGCGGGUGCACCUGCGGCAUGCUGCGGCCGCCGCUGCUGCUACUGUCGCCGCGGGGCAAGAGCCAGCAGCAGUGGCGGCCGCAGCCGCAGGACCAGCGCCGGCGGCUCAGCAUGAUCAGGGUCGGCUGCAGGAGGAGCUGGAGGCAGCUGCGCUGGCGGCUGACAGGGAGGUGGCGGUGGUGCGGGAGGCCAACAUGAAGUGGGAGAACGCGAACGCGCCAGACGAGUUCAGCCGCGAGCGGGAGCAGCUACAGAACGCGGCGUGCGCCACCCAUUUCCCCACGCGCUUCGUGACGCCCGCGUUCCUGCGCGUCUUCGUGAGUCGCCACGGCCUGGUGGAGUUGCAGGGCGCCCAAAAGGCCGCGUGCCACCGGGAUUACGCAAGCAGUAUGGGCAGCCUGAACAGACUUCGCGGCGUCACGCACAACCUGACGGCGGCUCAGGUGUGGGCUCGCAUCGUGGCGCCGGCGCUGGAGGCGACUGGCGGCAUGUCGUACGCCGAGGCGUUCCUGUCGCAGGUGGUGCAGUACGACCAUUUCAAGCCGUACAGCGACACGCACUAUGCCGCGGCCAUGGGGUACGGCAAUCUAAGCUACGGGUCACGUGACGCGAGGGAGCUGCCGGAGCGGUACGGUGUGCUGGUGCCGCACACGCCGCACGUGAGCGUGGUGGAGCUGGCGCGCAGCUGCGGCUCGGCCGAUCACGUGAUCUACAAUAAUCACGUGGACGCCUGCCUCUGGCUGGACCUGUUCUGCAAGGGCUGCAUCCCCGCCACCUCUACGCCGUCAGCAGCAGCAGGGCAGCCCCAGCAGCAGUCGAUCGGGGUGGCUGGCGGCCCGCUGGCGGCGCUUGCGGGUCAGGUGGGCGGCCGGGCCCCCGGCGCUGACGUGCUGGCGCGCUGCACACACGUGGCACUGCUGGCGCACCCCGCCUGGCCGCUGUCCCUGGAGGCGCAGACGCAGCAGCAGACGCCACAGCAGCCGCUGCCGCCCGUGCUGUGCUGGCCUGUGAGCGCCCGGCGGCUGCUGGAGGCGGCGCAGUACGCGCCAUCGCCGGCACCACCACCGCCACACACGGCAACAUCAAACUCGGGUCGAAAUGGGGAGAGUGACGGCAUUCACGCCGCUGCCGGUGCGGCCGACAGCGGUACUACAGUUGCAGUAGCGGUGGACGCGCCUGCAGAUGGUGCGACUUCAACGCUAGGACGGGCUCCAACAGCAACGUGCCCUUCCACGGUCCUGACACCUGUGGUGCUAGGCCAUGCGUUUUCACUUUCGAUUAACGCUGAGGAGCAAGGCACCGUGCUUGCUCGGUUCAACGCGGCGCAUGAGCACCUGCAGCCGGCAGUCGAGGCACUGCUCUCGAUGUCAGACGCGCCCCCGGAGGUGGCCGCGGCGGCAGCAGAUGCCGGUGGACAGCAUGCUUGGCCGGCACUGCCGCCGAUGCCGCAGGCGCCUGCUGCCCUCACUUCGAGCGCCGCCCGCGACGCGCAGACGCUUUGGCUCCUGUACCAAGACGGCCUGCGCGCGCUGCUCACCAGGUCACUCGGCUACCUGGAAGACAUGAAGAAGACCCGCAGGCCGCAGGUGCCUGCGGAGAGAGCUGCUGCAACGGCUGCGGCUGCAGGAGACAGCCAGGGGCUUGGGGAUGACAGGGCCGCGGCGCCUGCAAGCGCCGCGGGGGCCCGUGUGGCUGAAGCGACAGCGCCUGCAGUGCUGUGUGUGGAGCGCGUGCUCCGACUGGAGGGCUACCCGCCGCCGCCGCCCACUCCGCCGCCGCAUGCUGAGGGAGGUGCAGCGGCGGCGGCGGCCUCGCUGCCGCCUCCGGCUGCCGUCGUGUUGCUGGAGAUGGUAGUGGAGGCGCAGCAGCUGGUGUGCCCCUCGGACAUGAGUCAGACGGAGGCGGAUGAUCUGGUGGGCGUGUGGGUGCGCGAGUGGGCCUGCCUGCCCGACUGGCACACGAUCAUGCGCACCCGCGCCGCAUGCAGCAGCAGUAGCAGCAGCAGUAGCAGUGCAGGCCCCGGGCGGCGGCUGCAGUGGGCUGACAUGAGCUACGCCCAGCGGCGGUCGGCGUGUGAGCUGUAUUUGUUGUACGGCCCUUCGGCUGCCAACUGGGCCCCCAGCAAGGAGUGGGAGGCGAAGAGCCGCGAGACCUCCAGCACGGGUGGCUUCGUAACGCCGGACUUCUUGGUGACCUUUAACGGCAUGCACCAGCUCGACAAAGGCAACUCCGAAGCCCUUGGUGUGUACCCGGGCCAGGCGGCCUGGAAUCCUCGCGGUUUCGCCAGUGGUCAUACCACCAGUUGGGUGUGUGCCAACAUCGUGCUACCAGCAACCAAGGGCUACGGCAUGUGCUAUGCCGACUCGUUCCUAUCGGAGGAGGCACACGCGGCGUGCUUGCCGUCUGCUGGCGAUGCCCGCCUCUUGGGCUGGCUGGCUGACGGUGGCACGGCUGAAGGCGGUGGUGAAAGAAAGGAGCGCAAGCAGCCAGCCUUCGCUAGCCAUGCCUGGGGCACGCCCUUCAGCGAAUUCCGACAGGGUCUGCAGAGCUGGAAGGAAACCGACUUCUGGAUUGACAUCUUCCACAAGAACCAGUGGCAGUCGGUGGCUGUGCACGACCUGUCGGACAACCUGCGGCUGAGCGGCCGCGUGGCGCUGGUGGUGUUUCCCUUCCCCUCCCCGCUGGUGCUCACACGGGUGUGGUGCCUGUUUGAGAUCAUGACGGCCCUGCAGCUGGACGUACCCAUCAAGCUGUGUCGCAGCCCAGCGGCGCUGGAGGGUUUCAAGAGCAAAAUGCUUAAGCACGCUAGUGGCCUCGAUUUCUCCGAGUCCCGCAUCACGCCAGAGAUCCUAGCUGAGGUGGAGGCUCUGGAUGUGUCCACGGCCCAGGCCACUGUGCCGGCCGACAAAGACAUGAUCCUGAACAUGAUCCGCGCCAGCAUCGGCAUCGACGACAUGAACAAGCAGGCUAAGGAGUUGUUCCUCAAGCUCCUGAACGAGGUAAAGAAAGAGCUUGAUGCCGCACAAGCAGAAGCCGCCUCCAACGUUUGCUUCGGCGGGGACGGGCUCGUGGCAGUGCUUCGGCCAACCGCGGCGGUGGAUUCGGCCAGUGGUUUGGCAGAGCUGCAGACAACGGGCCGCUGGCUAGGCAACACAGAUGAGGACCCAGGUGCAACGGCAAGAGCAGCCGGAAUGCAGGACGCUGCUACCGCCGCCGCCUCCUGCCAUGCGGCGCUUCGCCGCGUGGCGGAUGUGCGGCCGGGCGACUGGCUGGUCACCGCAGACGGCGGCGUGAGCCGGGUGGUGCUGGUGACGGUGGACGAGGUGGGGCCGGCCGGCAUGGAGGUGUGCGCACUGCCCUGCAGCGGCACUGGCACCGGCAGUGACAGUGGUCAACACCUGCUACUGGUGACGCCGGACCAUCCGGUGUUUGUGGACGGCGCGUGGCGGCUGCCGCGCACCCUGGCGCCGGUGCAGCUGCUGCCGGCGGAGCAGGUGCCGUACGGCGCGGUCUUCAACUUCGAGCUCGACCCGCCCGCCACGGUGGCGGUUAGCGGCGUGCAGCUGGUCACCCUGGGUCAGGAAUUGCCACUCCAUCCCGGCGGGGGCGCCACGGAGGAGAGCAACAAGAUGUACGGCUGGGGCUGGCGACGCCAGCCGGCGCGGCGCACCCGACUCCUGGCGCAGGCGCGGCGGAUGCUGCGUGGGGAGCGCAAUGGUGGCCACAGCAUGGCAUCAGGUGUGCCCGUGCACAUGGCGCCGCAAAAGCCGCAGCAGCGGCAGCAUGUGGUGGGUGGUAGCAAGGGGCGGGCAGCUGACGCCGCCACAGCUCAGCAUGGUGCCGGGAGCCGCCUGUGCACCAGGCUCCUGGUAUUCGGAGGCGACGGUGCCAAGAAGCAACGCCGACGGCUGGUGGAGGCCGUAUUUCUGGAGGUAUCGAUGGCUUUAAUCCUGUGAACGUACUGCGAAGGAGCAACAUGUGGCAUACGGUACUGUAGUGUGAGGGCGCGAAGCACUGAAUGGGCCACACGGGGGAUGAGGUCCGUGCAAGGAACGGAAUGUUCAUGUUGACGUGCAUUGGGUACCGGAAAUGCAUGCGACAGAUCGUCUCAGUGAGGCACCACUAAUUGAUUCGUUGACGCUCAGUUAGAGCGGGAGUCCUUGCAAGAGCUUCUGCAGCGGUCACUGUGAAUUAAUUGUAUCCGGCGGGCUGCCGCGGUUGACUUUGCAAUUGCGGCAACUAGGCCGUGCGCAGUGGCCAUUGGCACCUUGCAAGGUCCAUGUCCCCCUGGAUUCCACCUAUGGUUUCCUGCCAUACUCGGCUGUCUGACACUGCCUGCUGACCUACUGUGUGAACGUGUGUGCGGCCAGCAGACAUGCGCCACAUGGUCAUCACAUUGUGCUGCUGAGUGGCCACUUAUUUUGGGUAGGAACAUGAACCGGCACUUGCUCGCAAUUGACGUAAAAUGACAGUACGACUUCUUUAAGCACGCAGAUUUGCAGAAUGGUGACCGCGGGUUAGUAUUGCGCCCCCUUCAGCGGCCCUACAUGGCAGGGGUGCUACAUGGCCUACUGCCUUCCCUUCCCUGGCUCAGUACCAUGGCGGGGCAGCGUUUAUGUGCUCCCAUCACGUGCAUCCGGCACCUUCACACCUGCUGCUGGCCGACCUGACUGACAGGCCUGUACUUUCAAUGUUUAUCCCCUGGCUUCAGGGUGAUUCACCAGCCACGUGUAUAACACGACACGCAAGUCACUUGCCCAUUGGCCAACACAGACUCUGUAGCGACUUGCAUAAAGGCUGAACGCAGGCUGAACGCUGCUUGCUCUUGGGCUGGCCGCCCACAACUAAAUCCACCCUAACCCAGGUAUCAGGCCAAAGGGUUGGGAUGCUGUGCCGUCUGCGCAUCCUUUCAUAUCUCGGGCUGUUGGUUACGGCAUGGUUUUGCGCUUGCCGUAUGACGCUGAUUCCCCGCCUCCCUCGCCGUGAGAGGUUGUGCGUGGUUGGUGGCUUUAUGUGUGGGCACUAUGCACGUAUGGGCGACCGUUCUAGUACCUGGACGCUUGCGCCCUGGUUAGAGCGUGCGCUGUGCGUGUGUCCUGCGGCCUAGACGUUUCCCGGCACUCCUGUGCCUAGGCUUGUGGCGUUGAGGCACAGCGGUGGGGCUCUGGCGGGUUGAGGCUUGGCUAGGACUCACUGUGCGCGGAGUCACACGGAUUUUACCCGCGGGAGGGUUUGCAGCAAAGUCGGGGUUGGUGGAGUCAAGUUGGGCCCUGAUAGCAUGUGAUGGCUCGGCGUCUUCGGGUGCUGGGACUGUCCCCUCUGUAACAUCCGCAUUCA